CGGAGCAGGAUGGCGGCGCAGGACAGUGACAGCGACGAGGACUUGGUCAGCUAUGGGACCGGCCUGGAGCCCCUGGAAGAAGGUGAAAGACCAAAGAAACCAAUUCCUCUUCAGGAUCAGACUGUCAGAGAUGAAAAGGGAAGGUAUAAACGAUUUCACGGAGCCUUCAGUGGUGGUUUCUCUGCUGGGUACUUCAAUACUGUUGGCUCGAAAGAAGGAUGGACACCCUCGUCCUUCGUGUCUUCACGACAGAACAGAGCAGACAGAUCUGUUCUUGGUCCUGAAGAUUUUAUGGACGAAGAGGAUCUUAGUGAAUUUGGGAUAGCGCCUAAAGCGAUUGUUACCACAGAUGAUUUUGCUUCUAAAACCAAAGACAGAAUACGAGAAAAAGCCAGGCAGUUAGCAGCUGCUACUGCCCCUAUUCCUGGAGCCACGCUGCUUGAUGACCUCAUAACACCAGCAAAAUUAUCUGUUGGUUUUGAAUUGCUAAGAAAAAUGGGCUGGAAGGAAGGACAAGGAAUUGGUCCUCGAGUAAAGAGAAGACCACGCCGACAAAAACCUGAUCCCGGAGUAAAAGUCUACGGCUGUGCCUUACCCCCCGGAGGCUCUGAAGGGUCUGAGGACGAAGAUGAUGACUACCUGCCAGAAAAUGUCACCUUUGCACCCAAAGAUGUCACACCUGUGGAUUUCACACCCAAAGAUAAUGUGCACGGACUGGCAUACAAGGGUCUGGAUCCCCGCCAAGCGCUGUUUGGGACCUCGGGAGAACAUUUUAACCUUUUCGGUGAGGGACCUGAGGGGGCCAGCAAUCUUCUUGGAGAUAUUGGAGUGAAUAAAGGAAGAAAAUUGGGAAUUUCAGGCCAGGCUUUUGGUGUUGGUGCCCUGGAAGAGGAAGAUGAUGAUAUCUAUGCCACAGAAACUCUAUCCAAGUAUGAUACCGUUUUGAAGGACGAGGAGCCUGGAGAUGGACUCUAUGGCUGGACAGCACCCAGGCAAUAUAAAAGUCAGAAAGAAUCAGAGAAAGAUCUUCGAUAUGUUGGCAAAAUUUUGGAUGGAUUUUCCUUGGCUUCUAAACCUUUAUCUUCUAAGAAAAUUUAUCCGCCACCUGAAUUGCCAAGAGACUAUCGACCAGUGCAUUAUUUCAGGCCUGUGGUAGCUGCAAGCUCAGAGAACUCCCACUUACUUCAGGUAUUAUCGGAGUCAGCUGGAAAGCCAAUGCAUGACCCAGGGACACACAGUAGGCACCAACUGAAUGCCUCCAAGCGGGGGGAGUUGCUGGGAGAAACGCCUAUUAAAGGGUCAGCUACUUCAGUGUUAGAAUUUCUGUCGCAAAAAGAUAAAGAGAGAAUCAAAGAAAUGAAGCAGGCAACUGACCUUAAAGCAGCCCAGGUCAAGGCCAGGAGUCUGGCCCAGCACGCCUCAGGCAGCAGAGCCCAGCCCUUGCCUGCAGACGUUGGACACUGCUCUUGGCACGUGGCGUUGAGCGGUGGGACAGCCACCACAAGAGCCAGCAGCUUCAAACCUUUUGCAAAAGAUCCAGAAAAGCAAAAACGAUAUGAAGAGUUUUUAGUAAAUAUGAAACGGGGUCGUAAAGAUGCUCUGGAACAAUGUCUGGAUCCCAGUAUGACGGAGUGGGAGCGAGGCCGGGAGCGGGAUGAGUUUUCCCGGGCAGCCCUGCUGUACGUGUCUUCCCACUCGACCUUGUCCUCCAGGUUCACUCAUGCCAAGGAGGAGGACGAUUCAGAUCAGGUGGAAGUCCCUCGAGACCAAGAGAAUGAUGUCAGUGACAAGCAGUCGGCUGUGAAGAUGAAGAUGUUCGGGACGCUCACCCGAGACACGUUUGAGUGGCACCCUGACAAGCUUCUGUGUAAGAGGUUUAAUGUCCCUGACCCUUAUCCAGAUUCAACUUUAGUUGGCUUACCAAGAGUGAAACGUGACAAAUACUCAGUCUUCAACUUUCUGACGCUGCAAGAGACAGCUUCCUUGCCUCCAGCUCAAGGAUCAAGUGAAAAAGUACCACAGCCCCGAGCUCCCGACAAAUCAAGAAAACCAUCCAGAUGGGAUACAUCUAAACAAGAAAAGAAGGAAGAUUCCAUUAGUGAAUUUUUAAGUUUGGCUAGAUCAAAAGUUGGUCCACCUAAACAAGAAUCCAGUCUGUCAGUAAAAAAAGAGGAAGAGCAUGUGACAGAAUCACUCUCAGAGCAGAUGGUAAACAAAGAAGUGGAUUCACAGCCUGAGGGAGAAGGUAGCCGCCCAUCCAUGGACCUAUUCAAGGCCAUCUUUGCCAGCUCCUCUGAUGAAAAGUCCUCGUCCUCCGAGGAUGAGCAAGGUGACAGCGAGGACGAUCAGGCGGGUGUCAGGGAGGCUGACUUCAAAAGUUCCCAAGAGACUGACUUGGUGGAAACAUCAUCUGCGGCACACGAUAGCAAGCUGCCACCCCAGGACCCUGCACCUUCCUUCCCGAUACAAAAGAUGCAGAUAGAUCAAAGAGAAGUGUUCGGCCCGCGGCUGCCACCUGUCUUCUGCCCCAAUGCUCGUCAGAAACUUGAAACACCUCAAAAAGAGAAACAUAAAAAGAACAAAGAAAAACACAAGACCAAGAAAGAGCACAGACGGAGGAAAGAGAAGAAAAAGAAACACCGGAAGCACAAACACAAAGGCAAACAAAAGAAUAAAAAGUCAGAGAAAAGUAGCAGUUCUGAGAGUACCGACAGCAGCGACAGCCAGAGUGAUGAUGAAGGGACUGCAGACCUGUCACCUCAGGAACUGCUGAGACGGCUGAAACGUCUUCCACUAAGGAGGCAGUGAUCGAAGCCCCCCCCACCCUGGCCUGCGCCAGCACCACACCCCCUCCAUGGUGGCCGCUUGUGGGUCGCUCAGUCAACAUUGUACAGAUUGUAUUUAGAUGUAAAUCAGCUGUGAAAUAGUUUUUAAACCUUAUCUCAAAGCUGCCUUGGAAGGUUGAAAAGAUUGAUUUCUAUUUUUAACUUCAGUUAGUGUCAGAGGAAAAAAUUCAGACUGUACAGUUUAAUUAAAAUGGACUUUUCUAUCUUC